AUGUCCGAGAUUGACAAGGUCCAAAACAUCAUAAAAGGCAUUGACGAUGAUGCCUUCAUGAUGCUGCUCGCCAAAAACGCCGGCACAGUGGUUGAGGUCAUCACAAUGUGCCAGAACUACGAGGAGCUCCGCCGGCAGCAACCCACCAACCAGCUUUCUGAAGACUCAGUUGACAAGAAUUGCAGCCCUGACAGACCGCCACUACUGGACCCUGAGAGCGGGGUGCCUAUGCUGCAGUGCUCCGUGUGUGGCUAUGCGGCAGCGUUCAAGAUUUCUAUGCAGAGACAUCAAAGAACGCACACGGGCGAGCGCCCAUACAAGUGCAACUACUGUGGCAAAACUUUCACGCGGAAGGAAAACCGGGACUUGCAUAUCCGCAUUCACACCGACUUGGUUGCUGUGCAUUGCAGCUCUGGCGGAAAGCUUCCUCAGGUCCCCCGGGGCCCUCGCAAGGGGACAAACCUGAAGCGUUGUCUCGUGUGUGGCUACACCACACCUUUUAACCAGCGCAUGGAGUAUCACCAAAGAAUACACACAGGCGAGCGCCCAUACAAGUGCCAAUACUGCCACAAGGACUUCAGGCAGGUGGCCCACCUGAAUGGGCAUAUCCGCAUCCACACCGGCGAGAGACCUUUCCAGUGCCACCUCUGUCCCAUGACUUUUGCGCAGAAAGGCAAACUUAAGAGGCACCUGAAGAAACAUUAG